AAGUACAAGUGUUUCCCGAAAAAAAUAAAACAUAUUUCAUUAUAUUUUAACAACAAUUAUUUAUUCUUCAACAUUUAUUUUGCUAUCUCAACUCUUCUUCUCAUUCACUUCAAGUUCUCUUGGCUGUGCAAUUACGCAGAAUGCCGUUUGCCUUUUAAGUUUCCCAUAGUAUUCGCCCCGAUCGGACGGAGUGGAAAAGCCUGGAAGCAGCCUGGGAGCAGCGGAAAAACGGACGUUAAGCAGGCGAGCUCCUCGGUGGCAUUCCCCCCUCUUCCCCUGACAGUGGCAGCAGUAAGUUACGGGCCAAGUUUCGCUGGAUCCGGAGUCGGACUUGGACUUGGUGUCGGUGUCGGAGUCAGAGUCAGAGACGGAGUCGCGUUGGCAUAACUCAGAGCUGAUGAAAUAUGGAGCUGCUGCAGGCCCUCUGCUGCACGCUGCUCCUGCUACUUACCCGGAUGCAAGUUUUGCUCGCCGUCAGCUGGGAGGAUUGGUGGACAUACGAUGGCAUCUCGGGUCCCGCCUUCUGGGGGCUCAUCAAUCCGGAGUGGUCGCUGUGCAACAAGGGUCGUCGCCAGUCGCCGGUGAAUCUGGAGCCCCAGCGUCUGCUCUUUGAUCCCAACUUGAGGCCCAUGCACAUUGACAAGCACAGGAUAUCUGGUUUGAUUACCAAUACCGGCCACAGUGUCAUCUUUACUGCCGGCAAUGACACGGUGGCCAACUAUGAUGGCAUGCAGACGCCAGUGAAUAUAUCCGGCGGACCCCUCUCCUAUCGCUAUCGCUUCCACGAGAUCCACAUGCACUAUGGCCUGAAUGAUCAGUUUGGAUCGGAGCACAGUGUCGAGGGCUAUACGUUUCCGGCGGAGAUACAAAUAUUCGGAUACAAUUCCCAGCUGUAUGCAAAUUUCUCAGAUGCCCUCAAUCGCGCCCAGGGAAUCGUGGGUGUCUCCAUUUUGCUGCAGCUUGGUGACCUCUCAAACCCCGAGCUCCGCAUGCUCACCGAUCAGCUGGAGCGCAUUCGCUAUGGCGGCGACGAGGCGUUCGUGAAGCGUCUCUCCAUCCGGGGACUCCUGCCGGAUACGGAUCACUAUAUGACGUACGAUGGGUCAACCACGGCACCAGCCUGCCAUGAAACAGUCACCUGGGUGGUGCUCAAUAAGCCCAUUUACAUAACAAAGCAACAGUUGCACGCUUUGCGGCGUUUAAUGCAGGGCAGCCCCGACCACCCGAAGGCGCCCCUGGGCAACAAUUAUAGGCCGCCACAGCCGCUCCUGCAUCGGCCUAUACGCACCAAUAUUGAUUUCAAGACAACAAAGACGAACGGCAAGGCUGCCUGCCCCACCAUGUACCGCGAGGUCUACUACAAAGCGACCAGUUGGAAACAGAACUAAAAAAAAAAAAAAUCCCCAAAAAUUACGUAAGGGCGUAACGCAGCAUAACGUAAGCGUAGGCGUAUGACGUAAGUAGCGAGCGGCGUGCAACAGGAGCUUCCACUAAACAUACAUAUAAACAUGGCCAUGCCGAGGAUAAAGGACAAACCGGAAAGGGAAAUGCGACUAUGAAAGGCGAAAGGAUCAGGACGAAAUCAGCGCAGACACACACAUACAUAUAUACAUAGGCAGAGAAUAAACAAACAAGAAAUAAUAUCGAUAGCGAUUAUGAUAACGAUAAUUAGCAAUUAAAUGUGCAUUUUUUUUUUGUCUCUUGCCCGAAA